CUCUCUCAAACACACAAAUAGGUUAGGGGAAACAGACACACAAAGCGAGACCAGCAGAGAAGCGAGGAUAAAAAAGGAAAACGAUAAGUGAAAUCCAACUUGUCUGCGGGUUUGAAUCUCCUUUUGAACGCUAAUUGGAUGUUUGGACGGCAGAGAGCGACAAAGUAAGAGCACCCUCCGUUUCAACCCCCACCUCUUCUUGCCACAGGGGAAGGCUAUACACACACACACACACACACACACACUAGAUGAAAAGCAGCAGCUAGGCCGCACAUCAUUAGUUCUUGGUGGCCAAGCACCGACAAAAGGCUUGCAAAAGGAGAAGCCUGGAGAGUGAGAGCCGCUGAGGCUUCUGGGAAGGAAGCAGCACGGAUGCUACAGUCAGCUGCGUCUCGCAGCGAGGACAGCACUUCCUUGUGUUGAGCACACACCACCUUGUGUGCGUGCAUUUUAGAGGUCAACUCAGACAGCCUUUUUGAAGAGAAGACCACAACCACAUGAGAAAGUGAUGUUGACGCCAAGUUGCGACGUGGAAUAGCUUCACUUGUGGGAGUCACAAUGCCGCUUAAAGGAUUACAGCAGGGUAGGAAAGCUGUGUUUGCUCUUCAGAUGGACGGGAGGAAGCGAGUUUAAAGCUAGGCUCAAUCGGAGUCUCCCCAGUCCAUAGGGGGCUCAUUGUUUUCGGCGAGAGGACCCUUGGCGGGUCUCGAUCUGGAUUCAAUAACAGCAGCAGCACCAGCGAGUGGGUCUGACAAGCGGAAAAGACACAUUGACAUUCAGAGGCAGUGCAAACCUUAAAAGUUGCACCACUCAGACUGUUUCCAGGUCAUAGAGCAGUGGGAGGAGAUUGCUCUUGUUUUUUCCUGCCAAACACCCUCCUCCUCUGUGUUAUUUUCCUCAUUACCAUCUGCUUGCUAAGCUUGUGCACAUUUUUCGUCCGUUUUAAAGCUUUCUAUGCGUCAAAAAAAUCGCAUGAGAGCUUCCACGAUGCCGGGGUGUUGAUAUUCAUGUUACCUUGACGGCCAGCACAAAUCUCGGCUGCCUGUGGCGUGCUCUUCCUCGGUGGUUCGGUAACCAAGCGAUGGCCAUGGUGAGUGGGGGCUGGGGCGAUCCCAAUGGCGGCACCAACGGGCUAGGGGACAAGAGCUACCUGAAGAGAGAGGAUGACGACGGCUCUCCCCAGGCGGGGGGGAGCGACAUGGAGGCAGGGGAAGACGACAAGGCCUGCGUGUUGGACUGCGUGGUGUGCGGGGACAAGUCGAGUGGGAAACAUUACGGCGUGUUCACCUGUGAAGGAUGUAAAAGCUUCUUCAAAAGGAGCGUCCGACGUAACCUCAGCUACACGUGCAGGUCGAACAGGGAGUGUCAGAUUGACCAGCACCACCGCAACCAAUGCCAAUACUGUCGCCUGAAGAAGUGUUUCCGUGUAGGCAUGCGCAAAGAAGCAGUUCAACGCGGUCGCAUCCCACCUCAGCCUAGCCUCAGCCCGACCCUUACGCCUCUUGGUGGCGCCAGCGGCUUGGGAGGCGGUGAAUUCUACAAUAACAACAACAACGGGGGCGGCGGUGGCCAGCCUGUGUCGGAGCUCAUCUCCCAGCUGCUCAGAGCCGAGCCGUACCCCAACAGCCGCUACGGGCACCAGUACAACCAGCAGGCGGGUCCUGAUAACGCCAUGGGCAUCGAUAACAUUUGCGAGUUGGCCGCACGGCUACUCUUCAGCACGGUGGAGUGGGCACGGAACAUCCCUUAUUUCCCUGAGCUGCCUGUAUCGGAUCAGGUGGCGCUGCUGAGGCUGAGCUGGAGCGAACUGUUCAUCCUCAACGCCGCCCAGUCGGCCUUGCCGCUCCACAUGGCACCCUUGCUGGCCGCGGCGGGCUUCCACUCCUCGCCCAUGUCGGCAGAGCGUGUGGUGUCCUUCAUGGACCAAGUGAGGGUGUUCCAGGACCAGGUGGACAAGCUGACCCGACUGCAGGUGGACUCAGCAGAGUACAGCUGUCUCAAGGCCAUCGCACUCUUCUCACCAGACGCCUGUGGUCUGACAGAUCCAGUCCACGUGGAGUCUCUGCAGGAGAAGGCUCAGGUGGCUCUGACAGAGUACGAGAGGAUGCAGUACCCGAGUCAGCCUCAGCGCUUCGGCCGCCUUCUCUUGCGUCUGCCCGCUCUACGCGCCGUACCCGCCAGCCUCAUCUCCCAACUCUUUUUCAUGCGCCUCGUGGGAAAGACCCCCAUCGAGACGCUGAUCCGAGACAUGCAGCUCUCCGGAAGCUCCAUCAGCUGGCCCUACGUGCCGGGGCAGUAGAACCUCCCGGGCGGAUGAGGUUUCCGUCUGGGAUUAGUGACGACAAGGACCCACAGGAAACCUCCUGACUCGUCGCUGUCCAUCUGUGUGGUUAUCCAACUGCCAGCUGGCUAUCAUGUGUACUGUCAUGUAACCGCCCCCGCCCCCAUGAACAAGUCCUCUGUUUCCACACGGGCCUCCUGAGAAGAAACAGACUCAUUGCCAGCCCACUGGCUGUGAUGCCAGCUCGACGCCGUAUUUAGCGGACUAAAUGCCCCGUGGUCCACUUGUGAGAACAUGACAAUGCACCGUCAUGGAUAUGCGUGGUACUGGUGAACUGAGCACGCGCUGCUCUGCAGGGUUUUCUUGCGGGAGAGAGAGAGAGAGAGAACUUUAGAAAAAUGAUUUUGAAGUAAAAAACCAAGGAAAAUUUCACCAAAGUUCAUCCUCCGAUUGAUGCACAAAACGAAGAAGAGGACUGAGUGGAACAUCAGAUGGUCAGUGAAGUCACGCACAAGGCUCAUGGUCGCUGUAGUUGCCAAUAAUUAGAAGAGAACAGACUAAUACCUCACUAGACAUCAGAAUGCUUUAAUCUGAUAUUUCAAAACAUUGAAACAAAAACCUCUGUAAAUGUUGCUCACCAGAAACCGCCUUCUUUUUGACAACUGCCUUGUUAUUGGGUAUACAUUUGAGACGCCACCUUUGUCGCUUCUUUUGCAAAAUACUGGGAAUGCACGUAUAGAAAGUUGGGAUCAGGCUCUGUUUGAAAACGAGAUCAAUAUGAAAAUUAGAUGAAUGAGUGUCACUGGGGAUGAGAGUUUCUAACAAACACUAAAGAGUUUACAUUGAGCAAUGAUUCCUUUGACUUGUGUUGACGUGUGUGCGUGUGUGUAUAUAUAUAUACUGUAUAUAUAUAUAUAUAUAUAUAGCGGACAACGUUGAUUUUCAUUUGCAUGGUUUUGGAUCUUUUCUAAGUUGUUUCAUCCCGUUUAUGUAACUAAUGGUUCCUUUGAAUAUUAAGUGUUGCUUUCUCCGUUCAUUCCUAUAUGUGUUUACAUGGAAAUACCUCUUACUAAAGACCCAGACAUUAUGGCUAAGGAUUGCUGUUCUGUUGUGACUAAUGUGAGGCGACAUUUCAUUGGCUGAUAAACUGCACAAGGAGGAUGUUUAAUACCAAAAUGCCACACAUGGUGGAACAAAGAAGGCCCCUGAUUCACCACCAGGACUUACCUCACGCUAGUGGUCGCAUUUUUUGUUAAAUUAUAGAAUCACUGACACAAAUCCUAAUAGUUUCCUUCUUGCUUUAAUUGACCAGAGGGCCCUAAACGUGAGCUUGAUGUGCUGCUUUUAGUCAGCAAGCCAUGUCCUUUGUUAAGUUUCGAUAUACAGUCCUUUUUGUGUUCUUACAUUUUGAUUUGUGUAUGACAAGGUGAUUAAAAGAAUCAAAAGAUGACAA